AUGCAACAACCUGGGAAUAAUGUAUGCACUGACUGUGGAUCUCCAGAAGCUGACUGGGCUUCAUACACACUGGGCAUAUUUGUAUGUCUCAACUGCUCAGGAUUGCACAGAAAUAUCCCAUCUGUGAGCAGAGUCAAAUCAGUGCGACUGGACUUCUGGGACGACACUCUUGUAGAGUCCAUGCGAAAAAAGGGGAAUUUGAAUACCAAAGCUGUCUAUGAAAAAUCGAUCCCUAUUUUUUAUUAUCGACCGCAACAGACAGAUUGUGUUUUGCUGAAGGACCAGUGGAUACAGGCUAAAUAUGAGAGAAGAGAAUUUACUGAUGAAACCAAGGACUUUCAGCUGUCGUACAUGUUAGAUCCUUUCGAGAUUGUACUCUGGAAGAAGGGCAAAAAGAACAAGCAGUUUCUUAAGAGGAACUUCCUUCUGUCUCAGAAAGACUUCACCCUCCGAUACUUUGUAAAAGAGGAUUGUAAAGUCCCCAAAAACAUCAUCAAUAUGAAGGACCUAAAUGCAAUUUUUCAACCAGAGAAGAUUGGACAUCCUCAUGGGCUCCAGCUCUCUUUUAUGCAUGAUGACAAAAGAACCCGGAACAUCUUUGUUUACCAUGAAAAUGCACAGUUAAUCGUUUCUUUUUUUAAUGCUCUUCGGAAAACACGCUUGACAUAUCUCCAAAGGAAAAAUCCCACUGUUCAAGUUAAUGACUUAUUACCUCAGCUCACGAGACCCUGUCUAAUGGAAGGAUACAUGGAGAAAACCGGGCCAACAAAACUUGAGCCCUAUAAGAAGAGGUGGUUUACGUUGUGUUCCAUGAAUAGAAAGCUUCUAUAUUUUAAGUCGCCUCUGGAUGCCACAGAGCUGGGCUGUGUCUUCAUCGGCUCCGAGAGCCAUCGUUACUCUGUGUCAGAGCUCAGUGUGCGCAGCUCCAGAGGCGGCCGCUGGAGCUGUGGCCUCAGUCUGCAGACUCCAGGCCGACAGUUCAUCUUCAUGUGUGAGCAGCAGCACGACCAGCGCCACUGGCUCAACGCCUUGAGCAGAGUCAUUUCUCUGCCCAUGAGUGUGGAGGACUACGCAAAUGAAGCCAGCCUUAGAAGGACGAAAUGA